AUUACAUCUCAAUUCUCUUCACCAACGUAUAGCAAUAACUCAUCAUUCCAUCUCGGUAUCUUGAUUACUAGAUUUUUUUUUUCCGUAAGAAGCAACAAAGAGAGUAAUGGCUCAAAUUCAUAAGCUUGAAGGUGAAUUUGUAGCCAAGUAUCAUGCUGCUAAGUUAUACAACAUGAUGACUAGUGGUGCACCUAGUCUUCCGAAAUAUCUUCCUCAUAUAAUCCACAAGUGCCAAGUUCUCCCCGAAUAUGGGGAAAUUCGUUUGGGUAGUGUUUUUGUUUGGGACUACAUAAUAGCUGCAGAGGGAAAUUCUUCUACUGUCACGACCAAAGAAAAGGUAACAGCGGUGGACCAUAAAAAUAUGUCAAUAACUUGCACAGUCUUUGAAGGAGAUCUUACAAUUGGUUACCCAAGUUUUGCUCUCACACUUCAUGUUACUCCAAUCCUGGGGGGAGGGAGUAAUAAAAGCACGGUGAAAUGGUCAAUGGAGUAUGAGAAAGAGAAUGAGCAUGUUCCUACUCCAACUCCCUUCUUGGAGUUUUUGGAAACAUUUUUUAAGGAGUUGGAUGUUAAGUUGCUAGAGGAAUCCCAGAAAGGAUUGAUUUCAAAAUGAUCACUAAUUUCCAAGAAUAUCGAAUUAUGCAUAGCCAGCAGUUACCCAAAUGCAAUGCUAAUUCUAGACUAAACCUGUGUGUGUUUGUAUUUGAUGUCUAAAUAUAUUAGACAUUUGAAUAAAGUUAAAAUGUGGAUUUACUACAUACUUAUAUGUAA